CGUCAAAUCUUGAUUAUCGGCUCGGGUCAUCCGGUUCAUGCGGGAUAAAGAUAAGGGCAGCAUCUAUCUUGCGAAGAUAAAGAGACGUCACCUAGAUCUCUCUACCUACACUGGUCUACCUUCCGCACGUAACCAACCACCCAGUCAGCUAUACUCCAUUCAAGCAGCCUUCUUCUUUUUAUGACCCGAGUCUUUGGUGAUGGUGGGGAAGGUAUGCUGGUGCGACACUCUUACUCCUGUCUCGACCUCUCCAGCUGCUCCAACACAAUUCUCUCUCACGAAGAUGGCAAGUAUGGCUUUCGUCUGUCUGCUCCACUGGUCAACAUAAGAUGUGAUACCCCCCAGCACCAUCAACAGCAGCGUCCAUCUCGCCAUUCAGUUGCAGCAACGCAAUCAGCUCCUCAAACAAUAGGUUCAUCUAGCUCUGUAAGUGUGAGUCCAGCCCGUGGCAGUUCACAUGUCAAUGGGAUGAUGAAUAGUGAGGUGGACAAGAAGGGGAAUCAGGCACUUGGCUACAAGGGACACCAUAUCAUGGGCGCCAAGGGAUACCAUGCAAUGGGUAUCAAGAAGCACCGGGCUACAGGCACCAAGGAGCACCAAACAAUGGGUUCCAAGGGACGCCAGGGGAUGAGGGUCAGAGGACACCCAAAAGUAAAUAGUUGCUCAUCAUGGUCACCCAGCCAACAGGUACGACCACAACCACUGCGGUCCCGGGUAUUUAGUGACAGUAACGUGAGGCCUGCAACACUCUCCCGCAGCACACGUAUCAACCGAUGGAUCCACACUAAGCAGAAGAGCUCAUUGCAGGAUGGCACUCUGCACUCCUUUGUGACGGUGGAUGAGGCUGAUGGUGAAGGCAGACCCACACCCCACUACAACCUUGAGAACAUAGGCGAGAAGAGUGAAAGAAAUAUACAGAGUCAACAAAGGAAAUCCCGGAGGCGUGUAAGUGCCCUUACAACCAGUCGACGACUUGAAUGGCGCUCUGGGAUGGGACGAAACAUCAGCCCAGCCUCUGAAACUAGCAGUGACAAUUCUGAGAAAAAUACACACCUUGAAAAACAUUUAUUGGUCAGCUCAGGGUGGACAUCUCAGGCUGUCCGUGAACAUCGUAUUAAUGCCCUCAGGUCUUUCCUAGUAACCAAAAACCACCCAUUGGUAAUCCUCAAUUUAUUAGAAACAAAUAAAAUUGUGGAAGCCAUAACAAUGGCUAGGGAGAGCAAGACACGUGUGAGACUAGAUGUAUGUUUGCUAUGGGCAUGUCUGCAGGGUGUUGCAGAUCUGGUACAAACAUUGCUAGAUGAAGGAGCCAAUGUGGAAGCACGAGACAACAUGGGUUUCAGUGCAUUACAUCUGGCAGCAGAGAGUGGGUCUGAAGAAGUGCUGCAGGUGCUGCUUAAAAAUGGAGCUCGGGUAGGUGGGUCAUGGGACUGGGAUUGCAACGAAGAGUUCACUCCGUUAAUGCUAGCUGCUCGCAGGGGAUGCAUGGGUGGUGUUAAGUUGUUAUUGGCAGCGGGAGCAAAUGUGAAUGCUGGACUUAACACAAGUGGGGAGACGGCUCUACAUCAUGCAGUGCGAGCAGCAUCCACUGACUGUGUUCAGAUUUUGAUCAGCGCUGGUGCCACCAUUAAUCCAACUCUUCUCUAUAGUGAGACACCUCUGCACAUUGCUGUUUCUGAAGGACUGUCAGAUAUAGUGGAUGUACUUUUAGAUUCUGGGGCCGAUGUGAAGAACUCAAAAGGAAAUUCUAAAAUGACAGCACUCCACAUUGCUGCCCAAGAAGGUUACUGCCAAGUAGCUCAUCAAUUGUUAAAAGCUGGUGCCAACCCAAACCAAGAAAACCUCAGAGGACAGACACCUCUUCAUUUAGCAGCUAAGGCUCAGAGUUAUGACACUGUACAGCUGCUGCUUAGCUUUGGCGCUAGCCCAAACGCCUGUGACUGUGACCGUAAAACUCCACUUCACAGUGGGAUCUUCAAGGGAUCAAGAUCUCAUGAGUGCCUGCGACUUCUUCUGGAAGCUGGAGCAGACGCCAAUGCAGCAGACCAUCUGGGAUAUACUCCUUUACACAUGGCAGCAUUGCAUGAUUCCUCUUACUGUGUGUUGCUUUUCCUGGAUCAUGGCGGAGAUGUCACAGCUCACACUCGGGGAGGAGUCUCUGCCCUCAACUUGAUCCUCCGCCGCACACCUACAGUCUUGGCUCAUAUCCAUGAGAAUCUUGAUGCUGCCAUUUCAUUCAGUGACCAUGAACAUGAGAGAGAGACUCAGGUACAACUGAAUUUCCGUGUGCUGGUGCCAGGGGAGGGUAACAGUCUGGAGUGUCGAAUGCUCUCCUGCUUUAUUCGUGAAGGUCAAAAGCCUCUUCUCAAGCACCCACUCUGUGAGACGCUGCUUUUCCUUAAGUGGUUCAGGGUCUGUUCCUUUUUCAUUUUUAACCUGGUGUUUUAUGCUCUGUUGGUGGCAAUGUUAACUUGUUACAUCAUUGUAGUAUUCCCUGCAGCUUCAUGCCUUCAUAUCAAUAGCACUCAAGAAACAAUCUUUGUACCUUUGAAGAUCACUGUCCCAACAUCUGAUGUGGACAGUACACCACCACCUACUAAGGCAGCAUCUUAUCAGCAACAAAACCCGCAUGACAGUUCUGCACACCUCUCGUUCCUCAGUAAUAACACCAUUCUGCCCAUUCCUACAUUCGAAUUAUCAAAAACAGAAAAAUGCAAAAGUGAAUAUGAGGUUCUACUCAGAUUUCUUGUUUAUUUUAUCUGGGGAGGAAUAUGCAUGCUAGCAGUGAAGGAGAUCUUUCAAAUAAUUGACACACCAUGGACAUACUUCUCUUCUUGGGAUAAUGUACUUGUGUGGCCAAUAAUUAUAUUCUCAAUGAUUAUUACUGUUUCAUCCUAUGUCCACUAUGAUACACAAGACUGGGAGCAUCAUUUGGCAGCUAUUGUUAUACUCCUCAGUUGGGUGGAGCUGCUGCUACUCAUUGGUCGGUUUCCAGUCUUUGGUUUGUACGUACAGAUGUUCACUCAUGUUACAAAAAACUUCGGUAAGUUUUUGUUUGCUUACAUUUCCCUUAUUAAUGCAUUUUCUCUGAGUUUUGGUGUACUUUUUCCUAAUCAUCCUCCCUUCAAGGUGUAUUUCCUUAGAUUUAUAAAAACAUUAGUUAUGAUGACUGGAGAAAUUGACUAUGAUGAGUGGUUCUUUGCUGAUGAUAAAAUGAUCAUGUAUCCUGUAACAUCUCACAUAAUUUUUGUUAUUUUCUUAAUAUUUGUGACAAUUAUUCUAAUGAAUCUACUUGUGGGUUUAGCUGUCUCUGAUAUACAAGGGCUUCAGAAAUCUGCUGGUUUAGAUAGACUGGUACGCCAGACAGAACUGAUUGCACAUUUCGAGUCCUUUAUGUUCAGCCAGUGGCUUGCAUGGGCUAUGCCAAAAGGAAUUCUUAGUUUUCUGCACCGUGGUAUUCUACUGUGCCCAUCUCUGUAUGGCAAAACUCUUAUGCUAACUCCUAAGACUCUUCAAGAUACUGGCCUCCCUCAAGAGCUUGUUGAAAUUAUUCUUCGCACAGCUCGUGCUCGAGAUCAUGCCUCACGCCGCAGGAAUGCCUUUGCAAACUUUAGAAAUUUGAGCAAAACUGCACAAUAUUCCAGUGAUGCAGAUGGAGACAUGCAGAAAAGUGUUGAUGCCUUGCGUUUUGGCUUAGACAUACUAGUAUGGGAUGUAGAUGGACGACGAGGGGAGAGUGCACAGCUGAAGGAAACCCUGGCUACUCUGUCAGAUGAGAUUGCCCAUGUGAGUCAGUGUGUAGAUGCCCUUACAACAGACAGACUCUGCCCCAAAUGUCAGCAGCAGGAAGAAGGCAAAGAUGAGUGGACAAGUGUAUACAUGUCAUGUGACACACUUGAUAACAAGACCACAUAAGGCUUCAGUACAUGAAGACUAGGCCUUACAAGGAAUAUUAAGCAAAUUUUAAAGUUUUGUAGCACAGUUGAUGUGCUAUAUAUACCUGUGCUUUACCCGUCGCCAAUUUCGAGGGUUCUUCUAUCCCCACAGCCUGGCCUGAGACCAGUCUUGGCCACAGAUAUUGACACAUCGUUCCAUACUUUCUCCCAUAGCUAAUGCUCUGUAAGUUUAUAGCAGACUGCAGGUUAGGGACCAGUCCCUCAAUAACCUUCCAUGUAUGUAUUACAAGGUAUCUCUAUUCCAGAGAACAAUCCAAUAGUUUUUAUAUUUUAUUGAUUUCAUGGGAGCUGUAUACAGCCUCUCUACAUUUUCUAACAGAACGUUGGGAAGCACAAGUGAUUUCAAAAGUACCAUCACUAGCAUUGCUUCUCUUUAUUUGAAAGCUCUCAAUCAUUUUUUCCGACAUUCUAAAAGAAUGUCAGAUAGUUCUUGGCUUAUUUUGUCCUUGUCAAUUUUCAAAUAGUUUACAUUGGGAAUUUCCUAGAUUAUUUACAUGUGAAUUUAUACAUGUUUGUGCUUCAAUGAGAUUGUGAUUCUAGUGUAUUGUAUUUGAUUGUCAUUGAUUAGCUUACUGUAUAUUAACUACAUUUUCUUUAUCGUGUUUUCCAAAUGACAGAGCCUGAUAUAAUUAUUCUCAAGUCUUUUACCUGUUCCUUUCAUUCCAUAUGGCCUAAGUACAUUCUCUAUGCUGUGCUUCUUUUGAGGUCUUUAUUCUUCCUCAACCUAAGCAGUUCAAAUUUAUAUCUACGGGCCACCAUAUUAUUUUCAUUUGCCCAUUGGAAGACUUUGAUUUGAUUUCCCACCAAGGCAGGGUGGCCCAAAAAAGAAAAACUUUCAUCAUCAUUCAUGCCAUCACUGUCUUGCCAGAGGCAUGCCCACACUAGUUAUAAAACCUGCAACAUUAACAUUCCCUUCUUCUACCAAGGUACUUAUACUUAUUUUGAUAUUGUCUGAAAGAUAUGAAGCUAUGUCUGGUAUGAGGAUAAGAGAGAUUAGUUGAGAAAUACAUAAAAUGCAAUCACUAGGACAUGUUUAUAGGAAACAUUUCAGUCAUGGGACCUUAGUCACUCUAAAUACAAGUAAAGUAACCAAGGACCCAGGACCACAGCACUUCCAUUUAAUAUGUCCUUGUGAUUGCAUUUGUCUUUCUCUCCACUACUUGUCAAUAUCAUAUACAGUACCUUCAUAUCCAUGAGAAACUAAUGGUGCUAAGACCAUGCCUUGGGGUACCACUUAGGGUUGAGGCAUGGCUGACCAAUAGGGGCUCUCUAUAUGCAGUAUUGAAUAUCAUCCAUUUUUUGGACAAACUAUGUAUCAUGUAGAAAUAAAGGAUUUUAAUUUGGUGUAGGAUUUCCAAGGUUUUCUGGUUGUCUAUCUUCCUCAUUUGUUCAGUGAAUGUCUCUGCAGUUGCUUGUAAGAUAAUGUCUAGGUUUUUAUUCUCCAGUUUUAUUCUAGGAACUUUCACCUUAUUUGAUGAUUUCAAAAAGUGUGCAAAUACUGUAUGUGAAUUGCACAUAAACCUUUUCCUCCUUACUUACUCUGUCACAUGUAUAAUAAUUUGGGAUCCAUAUUUCAGUCACAAAAAACUGUUAGUGGUGGUUUCCACAAAGGCUUGAAACAUACCAUUUAUCUGUAAGCAGGUUAUUUAUAUAUGGAAUUUUAUUUUUCAUCGUUUUUAAUGCCAUGUUUUGUACCAAUCAUUUUGCUGGUCAUUUUAAUACUGGUGAGAUUGGUGGUGAAUCCAGUGCUGCUCCCACUUGUGCUGUUGUUUGGGAUGCUUGUUCUAGCCAGUGCAUCUCCAUCUCUAUUAUUAUUACAAUCAGGACUAAAAUGCUAAACCCACAAAGGUCAUACAGUGCUGCAGGGUCAGAUGUACUAAGGAAAAAAAAUCAAAGACUAAGUGAGGUAACAUUAGGAGUAUACAAGAGGCAAAAUCAGUGGAGAACACUAAAGGAAAAAUAUAAUCCAAGUUAGUGUAAUAAAGAUGUCACUGACAAAAAAUCAAAGAGGGAGUCUGCAUCAAAGGUGGGGCUGUCAGCUAGAUUAGAUACAGUGUGUUGAGGCAGUGGUAGCGCCAGAGGUAAAUUCUGCAUGCCCACUGAUAGGCAGGACAGUCUAAUAGAGGGUGAACUGAAAACAGAACUUGGCAAUUCUCACAGAGUGGCACUGAGCAUUUCUCCAUUACCCAUGGGGUAGGUUUAAAAAUGUAGUGUUAGAGUGUUCAGCAGAAGUUUGUGGUUACAGGAAAGUGGGUGCGGGAGGGAAGAGGAGCGAUUGGUGGAAUGAUGAUGUAAAGAGAGUAGUAAGGGAGAAAAAGUUAGCAUAUGAGAAGUUUUUACAAAGUAGAAGUGAUGCAAGGAGGGAAGAGUAUAUGGAGAAAAAGAGAGAGGUUAAGAGAGUGGUGAAGCAAUGUAAAAAGAGAGCAAAUGAGAGAGUGGGUGAGAUGUUAUCAACAAAUUUUGUUGAAAAUAAGAAAAAGUUUUGGAGUGAGAUUAACAAGUUAAGAAAGCCUAGAGAACAAAUGGAUUUGUCAGUUAAAAAUAGGAGAGGAGAGUUAUUAAAUGGAGAGUUAGAGGUAUUGGGAAGAUGGAGGGAAUAUUUUGAGGAAUUGUUUAAAUGUUGAUGAAGAUAGGGAAGCUGUGAUUUCGUGUAUAGGACAAGGAGGAAUAACGUCUUGUAGGAGUGAGGAAGAGCCAGUUGUGAGUGUGGGGGAAGUUCGUGAGGCAGUAGGUAAAAUGAAAGGGGGUAAGGCAGCCGGGAUUGAUGGGAUAAAGAUAGAAAUGUUAAAAGCAGGUGGGGAUAUAGUUUUGGAGUGGUUGGUGCAAUUAUUUAAUAAAUGUAUGGAAGAGGUAAGGUACCUAGGGAUUGGCAGAGAGCAUGCAUAGUUCCUUUGUAUAAAGGCAAAGGGGAUAAAAGAGAGUGCAAAAAUUAUAGGGGGAUAAGUCUGCUGAGUAUACCUGGUAAAGUGUAUGGUAGAGUUAUUAUUGAAAGAAUUAAGAGUAAGACUGAGAAUAGGAUAGCAGAUGAACAAGGAGGCUUUAGGAAAGGUAGGGGGUGUGUGGACCAGGUGUUUACAGUGAAACAUAUAAGUGAACAGUAUUUAGAUAAGGCUAAAGAGGUCUUUGUGGCAUUUAUGGAUUUGGAAAAGGCAUAUGACAGGGUGGAUAGGGGGGGCAAUGUGGCAGAUGUUGCAAGUGUAUGGUGUAGGAGGUAGGUUACUGAAAGCAGUGAAGAGUUUUUACGAGGAUAGUGAGGCUCAAGUUAGAGUAUGUAGGAAAGAGGGAAAUUAUUUCCCAGUAAAAGUAGGCCUUAGACAAGGAUGUGUGAUGUCACCGUGGUUGUUUAAUAUAUUUAUAGAUGGGGUUGUAAGAGAAGUAAAUGCAAGGGUCUUGGCAAGAGGCGUGGAGUUAAAAGAUAAAGAAUCACACACAAAGUGGGAGUUGUCACAGCUGCUCUUUGCUGAUGACACUGUGCUCUUGGGAGAUUCUGAAGAGAAGUUGCAGA